AGCCAUGUCUAAGCUAUUCAGAGUUCAGUAAGUACGGAUUAUAAUUCUUUGAAAAAUGAAAGUCGCCACUUUGAUCUUUUUGGGGCAUCUCGCCUUAGUCUACACACUUCCCCUCGACUCAGGAAAACAUGCUGUUGCGUCCACUGUAAACUUCAAGACACCGGAAUUCUCCAGUGCUUCUGCUUCCGCGUCUGCCCGAAGUGCUCGCGCUGCGAUUACGAAAUCUUCGUCGGAAGUAGGUCCUGAUGGAAAAAUAAAGAGUGCGUCCUUGGCCGCAAGAACUGGGGAUGAAGCUCCUGCUGGCGUUCCUUUUGGUGGCCCUGUCAAUGGUCCUGCCGUGGUUGAGCCAGACCAUCCUUCCGGCCCUGUAGUGGUUGACCAUCCAGAAGGUUCUUCUCCUCCUCCCACGGGUCCAAUAUAUUCAGUUUAUCCCGUUAACCCCCCUGCUCCUGAGGGUGUGUCAAGUCCAGUCCCCGUUCCAGAACCAACACACGUUGCACCAUCACUCCCCAAUCCCCACCCAACUCACAAAGGAGGUUCAGUUAGCGUUCAAAAAGUAAACGCCAAAGCUAACAUGGACCACGGAACGGCAGUUGCAACUGCCUCCAACAGGAAACGUAAUACUAACAUUCAACAGAGUGCGGCAUCUGCAAAAGUAGCCAUUGCAAAGACACAGAAUAAUUCACCUGUUGAUGGGUUGUCGUUCCAAAAAUCAGAUGCACUUGGAGAGAAACUUGCAGUUGCUACAUCUGAAAAUUCGGGCCGUGACCUCAAGAGGGACGUGAGCAAAAAUGUGCAAGGCGUACAAGCCCAUGGAUUCAAAGCAAUUGCGUCGGCAGCGGAGACCAAGGGUGCGGCUUUGAACUUGCAAAAUGUAUCUGCGGAAGGGGGUGACUUCGCGGUAGCAAAGGCGACUUCUGGUGGUAGUUCUGCCCCAGUUUUGCCCCCACCCCAAGAGAAGUAAGCCUAAAAUACUGAGUCAAACCCCCUCAUACAACCAGCUAAUUCCCAUUUAUCAAUUGAGCAUGGCCACUAACAUCCAAUACCCAACUAAUUGACUCAUUGUAUGUAAUUACUUCGUGAUCAGUAAUAAAAUCUAAUCUACAA